AUGAAGGCGGUCGUAGUGGCGGCGGCGGCAUUAGGCUUCGCCCCAACCGCCUACGCCGAGAUAGUGCAAUCGUGCCCCUCGUCUGAUGUCUGCUACUCCCUCAGUAUACCAGACGAGACCGCCAGCUCUGGCAAGGGCGACAUCUACUUCCAACUCAGCUGUCCGACCUCGAAUCAAUAUGUUGCUCUGGGACAGGGCUCGCAAAUGGCUGGAUCCAACAUGUUCGUCAUGUAUACCUCUGCAGAUGGCACCAACGUCACCGUCUCGCCAAGAAUCGGCACAGGCAAUGUCAUGCCUCUGCACGACACGAGCGCAGAUAUCGAGGUACUGGAGGGCUCAGGAGUGAGCAACGGUAUCAUGACUGCGAACGUGCGAUGCAGCAACUGUGAUAGCUGGAGCGGCGGAUCGAUGGACUUCUCGUCCUCGAGCGCCACCUGGAUCUGGGCUAUCAAGUCUGGAUCCAGUCUCGAUUCCGACGACUUGAGCGAGAACAUCGGUAUGCACGACAGCGCUUCGUCUUUCACGUUUGACCUGUCAAGCGCAGCGGGUGGCAGCGCCGACGUCAACCCGUUCGCUUCAGGAUCGAACGCCACGACUACUUCGAAAUCCGGCUCUGGCACCAUCCCAGCGACAUGCACUCCGAUCACAUCCACAUCCAGCACCGCAUGCCCAACGCAAUGGCCACCGAACUCCGCCGACGGCCCACCAGCUUCUCGUCCAACCUGGCCAGCGUCCUGCUUCCCCGGCGGAGGUCACCGAUGGCGCGGCAGCGGCCCACCAAGGGAGAACAACAAGCUCAAGCAAAAGCGCGACGACGGCUGUCCAGCCGGCUACGAAGCCAAUAGCGCAGCUAGCUCCUACCCCGGCGGCGGCUCAAGCAACUGGAACACCCUUGUCCUCGCCCACGGCGUCCUCGCCUGCCUAGCCUUCGUAGCACUCUUCCCGAUCGGCGGCAUCCUGAUCCGCGUCGCCAACUUCACCGGGCUGAUAUGGGUGCACGCAGCCCUGCAAAUCCUGGCAUUCGCCAUCUACAUCGCCGCCUUCGGCAUGGGAGUCUACCUCGCGAUGCAGGCGCGCCUAAUCGGCUCCACGCACCCGAUCAUCGGGAUAGUUCUGCUGAUCAUCCUCGUCGGACAACCGAUCUUCGGCUGGCUGCAUCAUAAACUGUUCAAAAAGUACGGGCACCGCACGCUAUGGUCCUACCUGCAUCUCUGGCACGGGCGAGCGGCCAUUUUGCUGGGAAUGGUCAACGGAGGGCUCGGGCUGGCGCUCGCGCGGGCGGGGAGGAGUGCUGUGAUUGCUUAUUCGGUCGUUGCGGGCGUUGUGGGCGUGGUGUAUAUUGCUGCGGCUGUGAUGGGGGAGAUGAGGAGGAAGAGGCGGACGCCGCCAAGUUAUGAGAAGAGUCAGAGGGAGUAUCGGAGGGAUGAUGUGAGUAGUCACGAGAGCGGGAGACGGAGAGAGUAUUAUGGGCCGGAUGAGAGGCGUGGGCGGUGGUGA